AUGGAUGCGACACAGGCGAUCGCUUCUAUCAACAACAAUUCAGAUGUUGGGCCCUGUAUACGAGGCCUUGUCAUAUGUGCCUGUGGAUCCACAGGCAGGAUUGAUGAAAGCGUAAAUUUGUUGACGAACAUGGUGAAGUGUGACCUGUUUGACUUUGUGUUGACAUUCGCGGGCGUAUCAACUAUGGAUUCUGUCGUCGUGCCUGCGUUAAAUCGCUUCGUCGAGAAUGUAUAUGUCUACGACAUGAAGAUAUGGGACGCACUCGAAGAAUCAUUUGGCGAGGACCGACAUGCCCUCAACCAUUCACCCGUGUUUCUCUCAUAUUCAGAAAUGGAGACUGACAAAGAUAACGUGCGACGACGCGUGGUUGAAACAAGAGUGUUGGCAUAUUCAAAUCUCAGUGAUGGGCGACCUUGGGGCCUCGAUAUCUACCGGUGCUUGAAUGCGAAAUGCCGGGCGCCUGCAUACAACAUGUGUUUUCAUCCACAUGGAAAGCGGUUUUAUGGGAAGCGUUGGCUGGAAACAAAGAUUAGGUAUAUUUGUUUUGAAUGCCAGACGACGCACAAAGGCAUACCAUGUCCGACCUGGAUACAUCCAGCUCGGUCUCAGAACUUUGGACGGGUAUGGUACAACUGGCCACUCAGCAAAGAGCAGAAAGGGGAAAUUGGCAUAUUUGAAUGA